GCGCUGGCGCCUCGGAGCCCGUCAGUGUCUGAAGAAAUGACGGCGGCGGAGCUUCACUUGGAUGUCAAAGAUCUGAAAUCUCAGGAAACCUUUGACUGUGGAACUGACAGCGGACAGGGCAGCUGUGAAAUAAACUCUCCAGUACAGAUGAGUGAGAAAACUCCCUCUUCUGGUGAUGAUGGAGAUUCAGAUGAAGAGAUUUGUGUGAAUAAGAGAAUUCGAUGUAAGAAGGUGCUCACUGACAGUGAGAGUGAAGGGGAAGAUCUUUUGCACCCAGCAUUGGAGGCUGCAGCUGGGGAUGUGGAAAGUGCAGAGGAAAGUAAUGAAGUUACUGCUAAGGAGAAGAAAUUGCAUUGCCUCUACCAGGCUCCACUAGACAGUGAUGAAAGUGACACUGACAAUCUGUUGCACAGUGAGAACCUUGCAACAAAUCAAGAGCCUGGCUCACCCAGGCUUGUAUUUGCGACAUCAGCAACGUCAGGAGGAAAGUGCAAGAGCCACAAAGCUGCCUGCAUGGAGCAAAUUAAUGGAAAAGAAAAGGGCAAUCGAAGGAAGAGAAGAACAGAGAAAGAGAAGAAAAUGAAGGCCAUUAGACAAAUGAGAAAGAAGGAAAGGAAACCAGAACAAAAGGAGGAGGAGGAGGAGCUUCCUUUUGAGGAUAGUGGGUGUCUACUGGCUGACAAAGACCUCUUUGAGAAUGGCUUGGAGGAGGAUGAGGAGGAAGACCAAGAGUCCAUAGAGUCAAUCAAAGCAGCUAUGAAGGAGAAAAUGAAAAAACAAAGACUGUUUUCAGGAAGUGAAGACUGUAAGCAUCCGCUGGGUAAUUAUGAGGGGCCAUUGUUAAAGGAGCCUAAGAAGGAGCGGAAGGCAGCCAAAUUAAGUAAAGAAGCCAUCAGACAGCUUCACAGUGAGACUCAGCGGCUUGUUAGAGAAGCCAGCCUAUCUCUCCCAUAUCACCUACCAGAAGCCAAAAGCGUCCACGAAUUCUUCAAGCGCAAACCUCGGCCUGCUUUCCACGGAAAUGCUAUCACUUUGCUCAAAUCAGCAAAAUAUCAGCACGAAGCAGAUGAAGAAAGAGCCGUUCCCAAGAGCACAGGUGCUGACUGCAGCAAGAGUGGAGGAGAAGAAACUGAGCAUCCAGUGACACAGGAACUAGAUGCAGGACUUGGUCUGCAAGUUUCAGCCCCCACAAACUCAAGCGUUGCUGCAUCUGUUUCUGAGGAAGGGGGGAGUUUGAUGGCAAGUUAUCCUGAGCAACACAGACAGGACUGUGGUUCCAAAGUUGACAGCCUUACAGAGGAAUCAAGUUCUGAGAAGCAAGGAAAAUCUAACCUAAUUAGCUUGGAAUGCAUUGAACUGGUGGAGAAUAAAGUGGAGGAAAAACCACUUGGACCAAGAGAGGAGCAGUUGAUUGAAUCACAUGUAGGGCUCAAAGAACCGGCACAACCCUCAUCAACAGUAUUGGUAGCUCCAAGUGAAAAAUCGAAGAAGUCCAAGCUAGAUCGUCUUCGGGAAAUGGGGGUGGAUCUGACGAUCAAGCCUCGAAUAUUGUCUGGGGAUGAAUCAUUUAUUAAUCUCGAUGAACCUGAAUCAAACAAAGAAUUGGAAGCUUUGAAGGAACGUUUUGUGAAGCAUGCACGUCACACAACCAAACCGAAAACAGAACGGGUAGUGAACCUGAGUGUUAUUCGCAAAGAAAUGACCAACGAGGGCAAGGAGGAGCUAAAAGCAGGGGUGGUACCCGUGACUCUUGUUGCAGAGAGUGUAGAGGACACAGCCCAUACGAAGCCAGGUGAAAAGCUGCAAGUGCUGAAGGCUAAACUCCAGGAGGCCAUGAAGCUCCGUAGGAUGGAGGAACGCCUGAAACGGCAAGCGUUGUUUAAAUUGGAUAAUGAGGAUAUGUUGGAGGAGGAGGAGGAAGAGGAGGAAAUGACAGACGAAUCAGAUGAAGAAGAGGAAGAAGGCAAUCAAGAGACUGCAGAGUACCUUCUUAGAGAGGCAGAAGAGGACAAUGAAGAGCUUGAAGAACAGGGACUUGAUGACGACGACAAGGAAACAGACAAAGAAUCGAUAGAUGAAGAGCAAGCAAUCAAACCCGGGUUCUUCAGUGCUGUUCCUAAACUUCCCUCUACUGAGUCAACACUGCUCCUUUUCAAGGAUAACUCUUCAAAAAUGGGAUAUUCUCUUCCAGUUGAGAAAGCUGAUGCUGAAGACACCAUGGGCAAAAGAUCUGACAAGCCAGAAGAUGAAGAUUCAUUUUUACUGCCCACCUUGGCUAAGGAAAACAGUCAUAACAGCAGCUUUGAGCUGAUUGGCUCCAUGAUCCCCUCUUAUCAGCCUUGUAAUAAGCAAGUGGCUCGUGGGGGCAGCUUCCUGUCUGCCAUCAGCAGUGUCCGUUCACCUUCUCCUGGUUUCUUCAAGACAGGCUUUAUCAGUUCUGCAUCCAAGAGUUCAGGGAAGGUGUCUGAGCCUUCUCUUCCCAUAGAGGACUCUCAAGAUCUCUACAAUGCUACUCCUGAAGAGAAAAGCCCUGCUCCAGCUGCUGCCAGCUUCCAGUUCCAAUUCUCCCUAGAGGAUGACACUCAGAGUCAGUUGCUUGAUGCAGAUGGUUUCUUGAAUGUUGGUCAUCACCGGAAUAAGUACCAGUCUUCUAAGAGCCACCUUCCUUUGGCUAGCAUGGAUGAAAAUGCAAUGGAUGCUAACAUGGAUGAACUGUUAAAUCUCUGUUCUGGCCAGUUUGCCUCCCAGAACAAGCACCCUCCUAAUGCUGAUAGUGGCAAGAAACAGAACAUGGAGGAACUGCUCAAUCUUUCCUCUGGGAAGUUUGCCUCUCAGGAUUCCCUGACUCGAACCUCAUCAGCAUCUUCUCAAUUGAAAAAAGAGAGCAGCUCAGAUCCCAUGGCUGAAGCACUAGCUCUUUGUUCCGGCUCCUUCCCAACAGACAGGGAAGGGGAAGAAGAAGAGGAGGAAGAGUUUGGAGACUUCCAGCUUUUAACAGAUGACCAUGCCUUUGAUAGUGAAGACGAUGAGAAGAGCAAAAGAGAUGAGGAAGAGGAGGAGAAAGAAAGUGGUCAGGAGGAAGAGAAAAGUGAAGUAGAAGUUUCUGAGGACGAUGAAGAGGAGGUGUUGAGACGAAGAGAAGGAGUGAAGAAGAAAUUUAAAUUGCAGGAUUUCUUAGAGGACGAGGCUGAGCUGUCGGGAAGUGAAGUGGGAAGUGAGGAUGAAUACGACGGCGAGGAACUUGAUGAGUACGAAGAAGAAAUCAUUGAUGAGGAGCUCCCUACCCCUGUGGAACUUCAGGACCAAGUCAACAAAAUACACAUGAAGGUGAUGCUGGAUGAAGACAAGCGGCAACUCCGCUUCUAUCAGGAGAGGUACCUUGCUGAUGGUGACCUGCACAGCGACAGCCCUGGGCGAAUGAGGAGGUUCCGGUGGAAGAACAUAGACGAUUCUUCUCUGGUGGAUAUGUUUCACCAAGAUGCUGAAGAGGGAGAGGAAAAUGAAGAGCACCUUGAGGAAACGGAAACAAAGUGGAGGAAGGAACGCUUUGAGCGGGAGCAGUGGCUUCGUGAACAGUCAGAGAAAGGAGAAAAGGAAGAGGAUGACGUUGAUGAAGACAGCCAGUUCAUGAAACUGGCAAAGAAACUGACUGUCAAAUCCCUACAAAAGAAAGUACCCCCAGUAAUAGCAGUACAGGAAACAAAAUUGAUACCCAGGAAUCCAUUUGAAACGUUACAGUCUGCCAGCAACCCACAGCUAAAGAAUGGCUCGCUGCUGAAUCGGCCUAAAGCUGUCCUGCAGAAACUGUCAGCAAUGUCAGACCUCAAUCCUAACGCCCCCCGGAAUUCACGCAAUUUCAUCUUCCAUACGCUUUCCCCUGAGAAGAGUGAAGAGGCAAGGGAGAAGUCUCAGCCCCAGGGGAAGAAACGAGCUCCUAUCACCACUGCAAUCUCUUCUCCCAAGCGGCUUCGGCUCGACGGUGCUCCUGUCCCAGAAACCCGGAGUAUAUUCCAGUUCUUGGAGCAGUAGGGGUAGAGACAAAUUGAACCGCUUGGUGUUGUGUUUUGCUAUAUUGCAUGCUAUGCAGACCUCUGUUGUCCGAUGGUAAAGAACUGAUGGCUCUUUGUGGCCCACUCUGGAACUACUUAGUACCACUUGGAUAAUGUCCGUCACAAAGGAGGGGGGCAGGUCUUGCUCUGCUUCUUACCAUCUUCAAGAGAAAAGGGUUUCCCUAUUGGAUACAACUCCAGCUUGAGCAUCAAUGGAAUUAGCACUUCUCUGUUUAACUCUUCUCCUCUUGGGGGUACUUGAAUGGUGUUGCGCUCCUGACAAAGUUGUAAGGUGCUCAGUAUUGUAGGUACUGAAAGCCCGCUUUUCCUAUGGCUUUUUCUUACCACUACGGAGGCUGAAAAUCGCUCUCCCAGCCAUCAUUGAAGUUGUCAUUUUAUAUCGCUGAAAACUCCAGUUUGUUUUUUUAAAAAAGCCAAUACUGAAGUUCUAGAACAAGAUAUAUGCAGGGUUUUUCAUCCUCUGUUUGCCAGGCAUGCUUAGUUGUUGUCUGUGUGUAUUUUAACAAAACUUGAAUUCUUGUGGAGGAAAAGGGAGGGGUUUGCUGACAGAUUGUUUCCUGGCCUUCUUUGGACGCUUGAACAUUUUUAAAAUAUAAAACUGAGAACUACUGAAUGGAUCUUGCUUAAAGCUCAGUCAGAUUUUGAGGCAGGGGGGGGCAGAUUAAUGGAAUUAAUGCAGCAUUUGCAGUUUGGUCUGCAAAUGUGCAGCAUUUUACAGUGGCGUCCUGUUUGAUUCUUGACAGCUCCAAAAUUCAUUCCUCAAGGGCUCAAGACCAUAAUCCCAGAUUGUAAAUUAGUCCUGUAAAUGCAAAUAUGUAUGUUGUAUAAAACAGAAGUUGAUGUGUGUGCUUGCAAUAAAGUACAUAAUACU